AUGGCAGAGCCACGGAGCAUCCUGUUUCUUCUUCGACUGCUCGUUGCAUGGGUCACCUACUACACGGUUUUCCAUGAAACGAUCGCCAAGUCUUUCGUCGGGAUGAUUGAAGUUGGAAUCAUUGAUGACCACAACGAGUCCUCGUCAUCAGGGGGAGAGGACAGCGGGGAGAACCGCCGUCACCGUGCGCGUGUUAGGCGUCAACGCUUUCAGAUGUGGGUUGACGACCUGCAGCAUAUGCGGGACAUGUUCCGCAUCAACAGAGCCAUCCUUGAACACAUAAAAGUGGGCAUGCGCCACUGCAUGGAACCAGUCGUUGAGAGGACAAGAAUCACGAUAGACACAGCACUACUUGUCGCGAUCAACUAUUUGGCCAGUGGCAUCUCGUACGUGGACAUGUCAUACAUGUUUGACAUCUCCAAAACUCUGUGCCAUGAACUUAUCGACAUCUUCCUCAAGGAGUUCCCGGCCGUCUACAAGGCCGACUGGGUUCGCUUUCCGACCCGAGAUGAGCUUCAAGAAAUGGAAGCUGAGUUUUGCGCCAUAAAGGGGGUACCUGUGGUAGUGGGUGCUAUAGACGGGACGCACAUCUACAUGAAGGGGAUGGAGGGGCACCAGGCAGAGUAUUGGACCCGAAAGUCCACAUAUGCUAUGCAGCUGCAGGUCACAUGUGAUGCUCGCGGCAUCAUGUGGGACUAUCUCAUUGGGUAUCCUGGCAGUGCUCACAACCAGCGCGUGUUGAAGAACAGUGCUACUCGAAAGCCGGUGUUGAGGGAACGGCGGAAACGGUUAGGAGAGGAGUCUACAAGAAAUGGCGGCUACAGGAUUCUUACCUCAGUCGUCGGCGCUGCGCACCUAUAUCUCAACAUCGUCCUCAGCAGGGUUAACCGAGUGGGCGUCGCCACCCUUGCCGCGAGGAUGAAUUGCAUAUUGAGCUUCGGAUUCUGGCGCGGUGGAUCGGGAGGUGGUGCUGAUGCAGCACGAGGCAGCGGUGGACCGUCGUUGAACUCUGCACGUGUGGAUUGGGGAGGAGGUGAUUCCGCCAUCCGCUCGUGGGCAAGGCGCAAGUCUUGUUGCAUCCAUUUGUAG